UGUCCAAAACAGCCAGCAUCGUGCUCCGUCCACACGUCAAUGACAGGAACACUACAUAUACAAAUAUGCGCUUGGAUAUUGACUGAUACUUGGCUGGCUUGUUUUUUUCCCUCUCAGUAUCGCCAACGCGCUGUGAAGCUGUGUGUCUGACCUGAAAACAAGCUAAUAACAGCUGUGGGCUAUGGAUCCUGAACGACUGAAGCGAAGAGAAGAGAUUCAGAAAGCAAUGAGUUUUAUCCAGUCCUCAUUACCUUUCCCAGAGCCAGAGAGUUAUGAGGCGUUUCUGACCCAGUUGGUGUGUCACUUGCUGGAUGAGGGCAAUUCAUGCUACCGAGAAGGGGACUGGCGUCAGGCGACCCAGCAGUACGGGGAGGGUAUCAGCGUUGCCCGCUACGCCCAGGCUGAAGCUCUCGUCAUCCCCCAAGAGCUGCUCGAGAGCCUGUACAUCAACAGGGCGGCUGCCUACUACCAGACGAGGGAGUAUGAGCGCGGGGUUCAGGACUGUGACAGUGCACUGUGUGUGUCAGAAAGUAGUCGCAGGGCUUUGUACCGCAAAGCGAUCUGUCUGAGGGAGCUGGGACGACUCAGAGAGGCCUACGAGUGUGGAACCAAAUGUCUCCUCACAGCGCCACACGACAGGCAGGUGAGCGAGCUGGCUCAGGAUCUGGCCAAUAAACUGGGCCUCAAGGGCCGUAAAGCCUACGUCAGCCCUCAGACAGAGUCCACGGCGACAGAAGGGGACAGUCAUGGGGAGACUUCUCCACCUACAGGAGAGCUGUCCUCCAAUGGGCUGGAAUCUCUACGUGACAUCGGGCAAACCGACCUGUCCAGUGCUCAGUGCAUCCCUGCGCCUUUGGCCACGCCCAUCCCUGUCAGCGACGACCCCGCAAGCUCACAGGUGACCCCGUGCACCGACCUGUCGGAGAGCCCCAGCAGCCAGGCCCUGCCUCCUAUGCAGUACUCUGUCCCCGUUUCGGAGCACAUGGACGAAUGCGGCAGCAGCGCCAUGAAGGACAAGCUGGACAGUAUGCUGGAUUGCAUCCCCAAGAAAGUCAGUGAGAGUCCAGUCCAGGGUGCUAUCCCCACCAACCUUCCCAACACAGCAGUGGGUCUCCGGCCUCCUUACUCCCCCGGCCUUCCCGCCCCAUCGCCCCAGCUUCCCCCCGCCUACUUCAGCUCCAACAUCAGUGACAUGUCCCCUUUGGAGUCUUACUCGCCGCUGGUCCAGCGGGACCAGGGCUCCACCCAGGCGCAGGACGCACUGGGAGGCUUCUCCACCGGGGCCACAGACGGAGAAGGGAAGGCAGGAGUCAUCGCUGGCGGGCUGGACUCCUUGUCUGAGUACACUCUCCCUGGGGGACGAGUGUGUCACAGCUUCAUCCCAGGAAUGCGCAACCACAACGCUGCACAUGCAAACGGUCCAGCAGGAACCAACCUGUCUCUGCUCUCCAGGAAUCCUCUAGCAGCAACACAUGAGUUUCGGCAAGCCUGUCACGCCUGUUACAGCCGAAUAGGGCCACGAGUGAUGGACUACAAAUAUCAGCCAGAGGCAGCUCAUCGAUGCAAGAGGGACGUCCUGCUCUGUCGCCUCAAAAACAUAGAUGACCCCACCUGGAAGAGGAUCCGGCCCCGGCCUGCACGGAACAACUUCCUUGGGGCAUUUGUACUCUGCAAAGAGGUGCAGGAGCGUCAGGAGUGUCAGUAUGGGGAGAACUGCACGUUUGCCUACUGCCAGGAGGAGAUUGACGUGUGGACCCAGGAGAGGAAGGGCGCGCUGAGCCGAGAGCUGCUGUUCGACCCGCUGGGCAGCACAGAGAGACGCGCGCUCAGCGUCACCAGGCUGCUGCAGCUCCACAUGGGCAUGUUCAUGUUCCUCUGUGAGGAAUGUUUUGACAGUAAGCCUCGCAUCAUCAGCAAACGCAGCAAAGAAAACUUAGCAGUCUGUUCAAACCUCACAGCUCGACACCCAUUCGACGAUAACAAGUGCCUGGUGCACGUGGUGAGGUCAGCCAAUGUGCGCUACAGUAAGGUGCGUCCCCUGCACCCGCUCUGCCAGUUCGACGUGUGCCGCCACGAGGUUCGGUACGGCUGCCAGCGGGAGGACAGCUGCUCCUUCGCACACUCCGUCAUAGAGCUGAAAUGCUGGGUCCUGCAGCAGGACACCGGAAUCACCCAUGAAGAGAUGGUGCAGGAGUCUAAGAGACACUGGCAGAGGCUGGAGCAGAACGCACAGAAGCAGCAGAAGCCCAUCCACAUCUCCCAUCCGAGCAGCAGCGUAUCUGCGGUAGGAGUAGGGGGAAUGGGCGGCGGAGGAGGAGGAGACGGUAUCGGCGGGGGAGGGGUCAGCCCGAUGGGAGGGCUCGGGGUGGGAGGGUUGGGAGCAGGGGUGGGAAGGGGGCGUCCGCUCAACCUGAAAAUGAAGUUUGUGUGCGGCCAGUGCUGGAGAGAAGGACAGGUCAACGAACCCGACAAGAACCUCAAGUAUUGCACGGCCAAAGCGCGACACAGCUGGACGAAGGAGCGUCGAGUCCUGCUGGUGAAAUCAUUUGAGAAAAAGAAGUGGGUUGUCGUUCGGCCACUGCCUUUCUCCCGCACCUAUCCGCAGCAAUACGACAUGUGCGUGCAUGUGAUGAAGCAGAAGAAGUGCCACUAUAUUGGAAACUGCUCGUUCGCCCACAGUCUGGAGGAGAGGGACGUGUGGACGUACAUGAAGAACAACAGCUUGAGAGACAUGCAACAGAUGUACGAACUGUGGCUGCAGCUCACCAAUCAGAGCAGACGCACAGACAGCUCCGUGGUGACCCCUCCCCCAGAGGACAAGCAGGUCACCAUAACGGCAGAUUACACGGAGAGCAUGGGAGGACGGCGGCUGUCCGACGGAGACGACCUCUGAGGGUUGCCGCGUCGACUGGAGGCAGCUGACGGGCGCUGAGCUGCAGAAAGAGAGAGAGAGAGAGAGAGAGAGACAGGCCUGCCACACCAGCUACAACCGAACAGUCUGUCAUCUUACCAGUCUGACCUCCUCUAGCAUCUAGCCAGCAGUGUGAGAGCAGACGGACACACGGCAGAACAGUCGACCCCACAUACACACACACACACACACACACACGCAUACAAACAAAUUAACACACGGCAUAUAAUAGGCACAGAUACAAAGAGAAAGCUUUGUUAGUGAAAAUACAGGACUUGGCUUCAACAUUUUGUUUUCUAUCAUCGUGCAGUUACACACAGCAUCUUUAGGCCCCCCCCCCCCCUAAAAUAAUCAAUUAGCGUUACCUAUUGCUAUUGAGACCGAGCGUCUGUGUCCACCAGGUACCUUCUUUUUUUUCUCUUUUUUUUAUUAAUCCUUGCAGCACUGGAGUAAUUCUCAGACAGACGCGCUGGUCGCGGCUCUUAAAUUUAGCUCGGCGUUAAUUCAAAGCUCGUUCUAGCACGGCGCUCUUCUGUUUCAAAAAAAAAAAAAGAAAAGAAAAAAAGUCUACUUUGACUUUUAGAGUGCCAAACAAAAAAAGCCGAUCUCUCAGUGCUGCCGGUGGCGAUUUGAGGCUGAAGGAACUACGAAGCCUGGUUCAAAGAGGCUCUUGGUGGAUGCUCCUCAUUAAACAACCAAAUCCUAUUCUCUUUCCUGUUGUGGAAAUACAGCAAGAUGAUUUUUUUUUUCCUUUUUUUGUCAAUGGGAGUUAUACUUCCUUGUUAUAAUUUCUGCCAUAUUGGUAGAACGCUAUGAAUGUAACGCCUGCACAGGCCUUUAAAAGAAAAAGAAGAGGAAAUCGGUCAUUUAAGAACAAUGCUGUGGUUGUGGGAUGUAUGGAAGUAUACUUACAUACCCAGAACUGAACUUGUGUAACAUUACAGUUAUAACCUCCCCCCCCCCAUCCCUUCUUCCUUUAUUGGUAGAAAGAAAAUAUAAGCCCUUGAUAGCUGGUUCUGUAAUCAUACCAACCGUUCCUGUACGGGACGAGCACAGACACGCACACACACUCUCACGUGUUAACCUUGUAGUUGCUGUCAGCCAGUCGCCACGGUGAAUCAAAGCAGGCUUCAGUGUCAGCUCCUCUCAGAUUCACUGAAAGAGAGGUAACGUGACAGUUCAGUUUGGCACAAAAACAAAAUCGCAACUCAACGUUUGCGGCGAAAGUUCCGAGAGCUACUGGCUUGAGACAGUUGCCAAAAUAACAAAAAAAAAGGGGCCUAUUCACCAUCACAUACUUCACACUGCCAUGGUAAGACAGAGAUGUGAAGCUGGUGCAGGAGGGCUACUAAAGAAGCAAACUGCAGCACACAUACUGAGUCCUGGCUACAACUGCUCUCAGCAAUAGAUCAGAUCAGACCGCAGAUGCCCAUUAAGAAAUGAUGACCCUCACUUGGACUGAAGCACAGUGAAAAUACUGCAGAAGACUUGUGUGAGGGCAAGACAAAAAAGAAAAGGGCUUAGUAAUAAUUUAAGGAGGCAAAAAAAGAGAAAUGAAUGAUAAUUUAAAGACUGAGAAAGCUUAAGGAUUAAAUGCUCAAUGAAAAGUUUGAAGAUGAUGGCGAAUAUAUUUUUUUUCUGUAGCCGAUCGUUUAGAAUAUCUAAGAUUGUUUGAAGGUAAAGGCAAGUUGACACGUCUUCAGUCCAUCCGGGGUCAUUUAUUUCACCGAAAAACCGAUCACACUCCCUUACAGCCUUCAAACAGAAACCUGUGUUCCUCAUACGCACCCAAAUAUCACGUUCCCGACUAGCCGAACCUGCUAGCUUGAGAGCGGGAAACCAAUUCGCACCACAUUUUGUGCCUAUAAACAACACAUCAACAUGUGACACGAACACACAUGCAAAAACAUGCACGCAGAAAGAGAGAGAGAAGAGGAGAGAGAGAGAGGCGGGAUAUCUGUGGCCAUCUUAUUCUAGCCUUUAAAUGUGGACGGAAACACGAUGGAGGUAUGUCUAUAUUCAGAUACAUAUACACACAUAUUAUACAUAUUUACAAAUAAUGGUAUACUACUAAUAAUAAUUGAUAACUUAGCGGUUAAGCUUAAUAAAUAUAUAACCUGAAACACCUGUAUUGAUUACAUAGAAGAACUUCUUGUUAUUGAGGUAUUGCUAUAUGACAUGUAUCGCUAAACUAGAUGACUAUAGUAAUUUUUUUCUUUUUUCUUUUUUUUUUUUUAAUGAUUUCUUUUUAUUUUGUAAUUUUUCCUUCUGUGCGGGCUGUUCCAGACGGGGUUCGUGCGAAGGGGUUGCAGCAGUAGACCGCGAAUUGAGCGGAAACAGAACUGCAGAGUGAGAAUAAAGGAGAUUUUUUACUUCUCUGCAAGGCAUAGGUGGAAAUUUCACCGAGCCUAAUUUUUAUAUUUAAAAUAUUAGUCGAUGUUUGUGUUCAGAGUGCCAUCGGCUCAAUCUUUAACACUCAACCAGUGCUAAGGAGGGUUAUACUCGGUAGGAGCAAAACAGAUAAAGGGGAAAAAAAGACCUGUAGAUGAGGUCAUCAAACACCAGGAUGAUCUACUUGCCUCUCAUGAUGAUCCACCUUCGUCUGCAAUCCCUUAAUUUUUGUCCACCGUUGUGACACCAAAGGCUGCUGUGUUUCAAUAAUCCAACUCCUAAAAACUGACUUCAUGCCUGAUCAUAAUUCAAGCCUAAGUGGCAGAUCUGAGGUCAGUCGCUCAGCAGUGAGGUUUUUUGGGGGAUUGCCGUUAAGAACCCUCAUCUGGAACAGCCCAGGUAUUAGCUUCUCUGAGGGAUCGUAUUACUACUACUACUAGUAUUAUGAUGAAUAUGAUGACGAUAAUGAUUGCUAUCUAUUGACUAUUUCUAUUUCUCUUCUAUAUGCUAUUGAUAUAUGUAUGUUAAUUGCAAUGUAUAACUCUCUCUUUAUAUAUGUAUCCAUGUAUGAAUAUAAUAAUUAACAGUAAAUAUGCGUCUGUGUAUGCGGCAGUGCACAGCUCUGUCUGUGGAGGCAGUGAGCAGGAAACAGUACGGCGGCGGUGAAGCAAGUCAUCGGCCACCGCCAGCAGCAGCUGUAGGUUGUCAGUAGUUCAAGACAUUUUACACAGUAUUGUAGACCUGCUAUAUAUAUAUAUAUAUAUAUAUAUAUAU